GUUCCCUGCCUGCAGAAACCCUCUCUCAGUUACUGCAGGGAGGGGGCAUGGCUCAGAAAGCAGAUCAGCUGCACCUGGACUCCAUCUCCUGUUCGAUAUGUCUGGAUGCCCUGAAGGAUCCGGUCACUAUCCCCUGCAGACACAGCUACUGCAUGGACUGUAUUACACACUUCUGGGAUGGAAAGAAACAGAGUCAAAGGGAGAGCUGUCCUCAGUGCAGGAAGGCCUUCAGACAGAGACCUGCCCUGGUGAAAAACACCAUGCUAGCAUUCCUGGUGGAGCAGCUGAAGAAGACCGGACUCCAUAGUGUUGAGAGGACUGAGAGUCAGAGAGAGCUCCAGGUGAGUCAACAGGAAAUCCAGCAGAGGAUCCAGGACAGAGAGGGAGAUGUGAAGCUGCUUCAACAGGAGGUGGACGGUAUCAAUCGUGCUGCUGAUAAAGCAGUGGAGGACAGUGACUUACAUUUAACUGAACUGAUCCGCCUUAUGGAGAAGAGAUGCUCUGUUGUGAAGCAGCAGAUCAGAUCCCAGGAGGACAUUGAAGUAAAGUGGGUCAGAGAGCUUGAGGAGAAGCUGGAGCUGGAGAUCUCUGAGCUGAAGAGCAGAGACGCUGAGCUGAAAAAGCUCUCAGGGGAACAGGAUCUCAACACGUUUCAAAGAUGCUACAGCUCACUGCCACCUCUCUGUGAACCUACAAACACAUCCAGCAUCAAGACCCGUCCUCUGACAUACUUUGACGUUGUGAUAGAAAAUGUGUCAGAUGUCAUCGAUUACCUUAGCUAUCUGGUGUUGGUAUGGUCAGUUCUCAGUAUGAUUGUGGGGCACGUGGACGUUUUACUGAUAAGACCAGAGCCCAAGAACAGAGCCGAGUUCUUGAGACAUGCUCAUAUAAUCACAAUGGAUCCGAACACGGCACAGAAACAGCUGGAUCUAACUGAGGAGAACAGGAGAGUAGCAGACUCAGACGAACUCCGGUAUCCAGAACCACCUGGAGGGUGUGAUCACCCCGACAGGUUCGAUAUUCAUACCCAGGUCCUGAGCACACAGGGUCUGAUUGGACGCUGUGACACGGAGACAGAGUGGAGAGGGAACGUGGUUGACUUUGCACUUGCAUACAAGCAUAUUGAAAGAAAAGGGGACGGUGAUGGACCUGGAUUUGGAAACAACAACAAAUCUUGGACAUUGAGAUGUAACCAAGCAUUGUUCCAUGUUGCACACAAUAAUGAACCCACCAUUACCAAACAGGGUCCCCAAAUCAACAGAGUAGGAGUGUUCCUGGAUCACUGUGCAGGUGUUCUGUCUUUCUACAGGGUCUCCGAUGAAACCAUGACCCUCCUGCACAGAGUCGAGACCACCUUCACUGAGCCUCUCCAUCUUGGAUUUGGCUUUUAUUACAAUGCUGGAGACUAUGCUGAGAUCUGUUAACUCAAACAGUAGAAAUACAAUGGACAUUGGGUCAAAUGUUGUUCUUCUUUAACUCAUUGUGUCUCCUCUUGUUGCUGAGAGUGCUGACUCCACAGAAAUCAGCUGUCAAUCAAACCUUUCUUAUCGUUGAAUUUGUCUAAAUAAUUUAUCUUUUUUACCAUGGUGAUUUUUCUAAUGGGAUGUGUGAACAAACUGAAGAUUGACAGAAUCAAUAAAGUUGUUUUUAUACAAAAU